UGUGACUCUGUGGCUUUUUAUGAAUGGGGAGGCCUCACCGCACCCACACUAUAAAAGGGGGACACAGUAGGUGAAGGUCUACACAUCAGGGGCUUGCUCUUGCAAAACCAAACCACAAGGCCGACUCUUCAGAAGGCAGAGCUUCGCCAUGCCCAGCCCAGCACUGCUCUGUUGCUGCCUGGUCCUCCUGGCCGGGGUGGGAGCCAGCCGACACCAGAGCACCCUAUCUGAGGACGACUGCACCCACUUCCCAGCCAGCCUGCCCCACAUGCUCCGAGAGCUCCGAGCUGCCUUCGGGAGGGUGAAGACUUUCUUUCAAAUGAAGGACAAGCUGGACAACAUACUGCUGACCGGGUCCCUGCUGGAGGACUUUAAGGGUUACCUGGGUUGCCAAGCCCUGUCGGAGAUGAUCCAGUUUUACUUGGAGGAGGUGAUGCCCCGGGCUGAGAACCACGACCCAGACAUCAAGGACCAUGUGAACUCCCUGGGGGAGAAGCUCAAGACCCUCAGGCUGAGGCUGCGACGCUGUCACCGAUUUCUGCCCUGUGAGAAUAAGAGCAAGGCGGUGGAGCAGGUGAAGAGCGCGUUUAGUAAGCUCCAGGAGAAAGGUGUCUACAAAGCCAUGAGUGAGUUUGACAUCUUCAUCAACUACAUAGAAACCUACAUGACAAUGAGGAUGAAAAUCUGAAACGUGCUGGAGAACAAAACACCCAGGAUGGCAACUCUUCUCGACUCUAGGACAUGAAUUGGAGAUCUGCAAAAUCCCAUCCGGGGAUGUAGGAGAGCCGACCAACUCCUUGGAGAACCCCGUCAUACCUCUCUCUUAGAAUAUUUAUUACCUCUGAUACCUCAACUCCCAUUCGUAUUUAUUUGCUGAGCUUCUCUGUGAACUACUUAGAAAGAAGCCCAAUAUUAUAAUUUUUUUCAGUAUUUAUUUUUUUUCACCUCUGUGUAAGCUGUUCUCAUAGGGUGAUACCCUAUGGUAUUUGAAUAUUUUAAGAGAAAUUAUAAGUUAUAUAAGAAAAAAAUGUGUCUUGGGGAGCCUACCGAAGCUUCCAUUCCAAGCCUGACCAUACUGUAUAGCUGUGGAGCUAUUUUCCCUGACUUCCCUAUAAUUUCUCUUGUCCCAGGGUCUGGGGCUCCUAGAUUGUUAUAAAGACUCUUAUCCUCUCAGGAAGGGUAAGAUAAUUAAUAUCCCAGUGGCUCAGAGGGAUUCCCUUGACCUCAUUCCCCAACCACUUCAUUCUUGAAAGCUGUGGCCUGCUUGUUAUUUAUAACAACCUAAAGUUGGUUCUAAUAGAACUCAGUUUUAACUAGAAGCAAUUUAAUUCCUCUGGGAAUGUUACAUUGUUUGUCUGUUUUCAUAGCAGAUUUUAAUUUUUAAUAAAUAAGUGAA